CCACCCCGCUGCUUCUCCUCGCUGGUUACUAUAUAUCAGGAGGCAGCCUCGGGAUCCCUUGACGAGAUUCAUUCAGCGUUGGUGGUGGACUUGUGUCUCUCUCUCUCUUCAAACUUCGACUGGAACCUGCAGCUGCGUGAAGCGCGCUUGGAUCUGAGCGCACUCCGCCGUGGGAAUUAUUGAAACUUUUUUUUUUCUUUUGCUUAACUCGCUGUAGAAUCCAGAGCUCAACAUGCCUCGGUCAUUCCUUGUCAAGAAGUAUUAUUCCAACAAGAAGCCGUGUUACAAGGAGACUCAACUAGAGAGUCAAACUGCUUUUGUCCCAGAGAGCUUUCCCCGGGCUGAACUCCCAACACAGAACAACAGCUCUGCACUGACCUGCCACCCCGCUACCCCAGCCUUCAGCAGCAUGGACACCCUGCCCGCACCCCUCUCCCCGAUCACCCCGGUGUCCCUCCCUCCUUCGCCACUGGGCCCCCUGGACCUCAGCAGCUCUCCCUCCAGCAGCAGCGGCGAGGAAGAAGAGGACGGCGGGCGUACCUCUGAUCCCCCCAGCCCAGACGUCAUCGGGCACAUCUUCCACUGUCUUCACUGCAGCAAGAGCUACACCAGCCUCUCGGCACUGUCCCACCAUCAGAUGUCCCAUUACCAGCCGUCACCAAGCGUCCCACUGCAGCAGUCCCCCUCCCUGCCCGGUGAGGCCUCGACACGCCCGGCCUUCCACUGCAAACACUGCCCGAAGGAGUACACCAGCCUGGGGGCCCUGAAGAUGCACAUCCGCUCACACACUCUUCCCUGCGUGUGCCCCACCUGCGGCAAGGCCUUCUCCAGGCCGUGGCUGCUCAGGGGACACAUUCGCACACAUACAGGUGAACGCCCCUUCGCUUGUCAACACUGCAACCGUGCCUUCGCCGAUCGCUCCAACCUGCGCGCCCACCUGCAGACCCACUCUGAAGUGAAGAAGUACCAGUGUGGCUCCUGCUCACGGACAUUCAGCCGCAUGUCCCUUCUGCACAAACACGCCGCCUCCGGGUGCUGCCCGGCCUCAUAGACUCACAUUCCCUGGACUUUCACGACCCGGGCUGAUGCUGCUUUUUUGGUUGUGUUUCCUAUGAUAAGAUGCGACACAUCCAGGCGUCAUUCGGAGAUUGAUGCCAGCUGCGAAAAACGCAGUUCUGCUUUUUAUAACAAGUGCCUUAAUUUGGGGGUGGGGGGUAGGGGGUUCCUGUACUGAAUCUGGCCAAGAGUGUAUGUGUGUGUGAUAUGCAGGCAGCUGGACAUGCAGUUAAUUCCCAGGAAACUCCUUUGGUGCCGGCCGGUCCGGGACUUUGGCCAUGUUGCAGCUGCUUGGGUGUGUUUGUGUGUGUGUGUGUGUAUGCGGCGAUGUCAUUCCUCACCAUGCUAUACAUACGUGACGUGUGUGUGUGUGUGUGUGUGUGUGUGUGUGUGUAUGAGCAAGUGUGAGUGUUGAGACAGCUGCCUGUGUAUGGUGCACUGUGCAGGCAGAGCGCUGAGAGACGUGUUAGUUGUGGCCUCGGCGACAGGUGACACCCCACGGACCAGCUCGCCCCUCCUCACUCCUCGGUCCCUUUGGACGGACACUCGGUGUGUGUUCUUGGACGUAAAUGACCACUUGAGUUCGACCAAAUGAAAAGUUAUUCACUCAUUCAUUGUCAUUUUUUUUUACAAUGGAAAAUGUCCUGACCUAUACCUUUUCCAAAACUGCAAACAUUUGCCUUUUUAGGAUUGUGCAUUUUUUCCCCCCCUGUAAUGUGUAAAUAAAAGCAUUGUUUUAAAGAAA